CUUUAAAAUAACACCAUUUGUGAAGACUACAUCUACAUUAUAAGCUAAUUUAUGAGUUCUUCCUUGAUAUAAAAACUCUCUUAUACUACAAUAAGGCGCUGUACACGCUGAAUCAUUGGGAACACACUUGGGUACACGCUUGGGUACACGCUUUUGACAUAAGGCCGGCUGUUGUUAAUUUCUAGUCCUUUUUUGGGUUAUGGCACUUAUACCACCGUCGCAGUUCAACAAACCAUGGUUUUUAACACUCUUCCUCAUAAUCGCAGUUAUACAACUUUUUCUUGCAUCUUCUCCCAUAUUUGGUUUUUCCUCAAUUCUUGUCAUUUUUAAAAAAAUGAAGUUUUAUCAUUAUUUAUGCGAAACGAGAAAUUUUACAGCAUCACAGAACGAAACAGUUGUAGUAAGCGAGACUCAAACAUGUAAUGAUCAAGACAAAGCCCUAAAUCUUUUGUUUGUUUGUGGUUGGCUGUUUCACAACAUGGUCAAACUGGUUGCUGGUCCGGUAGUGGAUCGAAUUGGACCACAAAUUUCACAAUAUAUAGCAUGCGUCUUCCUCCUGCUUUUCGGAUUUACAUUGGCAUACGCAAAAGAAGGUUUAGAGUACUUAGUGUUUCUAGCAUUCUUCGAGUUGGCAAUUGGUUCGUCAAUUGCUCUGUUAACUUGUUACCAGGCAGUCAACAUCCUAUGCAAGAAAAACAAAGCGUUCUACAUUUGUCUUAUGAGUGGCGCGGUUGAUUCCUCCACAGCCGUCUUCAUCCUAUUCUUGGCCAUUUUUGAAUCCGGCUUACCGUUAUCAACCAUUUCAAUGAGUUAUGGUUGCUUAAUGGUUGUGUUUAUGGUAAUGGUGACAACAAUCUUCUUUCCGAGCAAAUAUGAACUCAGUGUUGUUAUCGAUGAGGAUGUCAAAGAUAUGCUUAAUCCCAACACAAAAAACAAGGAUUUUGUGAAGUUUUUAAAGGAAUUAACGGCGAGUUAUCAAGGCGUAGUAACGUCGAGUUAUAGUGCUUACAAAGACUCGAUAGAAAAGUGGUUGAUGGAGAUGUCUGCUGAUGAGCGAAGAAGCGAGUUAAGUUUAAGUUUGUCGCGUUCAAUGGGAUUUAGUUGGUCACAGUCGGAACUGUGUUCUUCAAUGGAUUCUGUUGAUAAAAGGGGACCAUACGGUGUCAUUCGAGAGAACAUAUACGGUUACGGCUCCGAUGAAUACGGAGUUCAAAAUCUUGCCAAUAGAAGUGGCGAAGAAAGUCCAUUAAUAUCUUCUAUGGAAAAACAUUUUAUUUCUAAUCCAGACAAGACCUUAUUUCAGUGCAUCUUUUCCAAGUUCAACUUUCUGUGCAUUCUGACCGUUGCAAUAACAAUGCUUAAAUUGUCGUAUUUUGUUGGAAAUAUUGACAAGUACCUUCAAGAUAUAGUCAGCGACGAAGAAGCUGUAACGUACGUCAAAUAUUUUGGCACAAUACAAUUUCUUGGUAUAUUAGUUGGUCCUAUCGCUGGCUUGUUAUUUAUGCAUAAUAAAUUAUCAUGUAAAAAAACUGAGACAGUUGCUAGAACAAUUGAAGAACAAAAAUUUGACGACAUUCGAAGUUUAAUUAUGCCAAUACUAGUCAGCAUCAUCGUCAUGCAAUUGUUGAAUGGUUUGCAGUUAUUUGAACAGUUGUAUCUUUCGUUUCCGAUUUUCCUGCUAUAUUUGCUUGGAAACGGUCUGAUGUGGUGCAAUGUAUCUUAUUUUUACGCCUUACUAUUCCCACCACAAUAUUAUUGCUCUCUGUACGGAUGCAGCAGUGUCGUAUGUGGUUUGUUUUGUCUACUUCAGUAUCCAAUGUUAUCCCUUGAGCAAUCGUAUUUCGAAAAUCAACAAUUUUAUACAAAUGUUGUUUUUCUUGGCUUGCUCGUGUUACCAUUUUCACUACCCGCAUAUUUAAAAUAUUAUUGUUGGCGAUACGAAAAACAAGAUGAAUCACUUGUAUUGGAAAAUUCACACGAGAAGUUAUAAUUAUGUUGAAUAUCAUUGAAUUUCCGCGCCCGAAGGCGUAGGAAAUUCUUUAAAACCGUCGUUUUUUCUUUCGGAGCAUUUUUUGAGAAAAAAUCGACCCUGGGAUUUCACGUUCCUCUGUCACAGAUGUAAACUUCGUACCCAAGCUCCCUAACUACUGGGAAGUCAUCUAAAUGACGUUUCAGGCCAAAAUUGGUAUUUGUUUGCGACAAAAUCUGGCACAGUUAGCAAAAAAGGUAUGCUGAACAUAAUGGUGACAUAAUAAUUUUGAUUUUUGUCACCUAAAUGUCAUUUUAGGCCAAAAUUGGUCCAAAUAUUAAAACUAAUUUAUUUUUAACAAAAUUUGGCACAGUAAACAAAUAAAGUAUGCUGAACAUGAUGGUAACUUCAAAAUUUUGAUUUCUUGUUACCUAAAUGUCAUUUUAGGCCAAAAUUGGUCCAAAAAUUAAAACUACUUCAUUUUCAACAAAAAUUGGCAAAGUUAACAAAGAAAGUAUGCUGAACAUAAUGGUGACAUCAAAAUUUUGAUUUUUGUCACCUAAAUGCCGUUUAAGAUCAUAAAAGUUUCAAUCGCAAGACUUUCAACCAUGAAUGAUAGGCUGUAUUUUUUGUUAGCAAUUUCUUUUAAAAUGUGAGUUUAUUACGACACGUUUCGUUUUGUUUGCGUUUGUUGUAAGAUAUAAUGUCACUUGUGUGCUCUAUCUUCAGAGGUUCAUGCACAAAACCUCCUCGAAUGUUUGGCACAAUAACACAACGAAUUAGCAGGUUUUCAUCAAAUAUUUUUGUAGUGAGUGGAAAUUCUUAGAGCCCCCAGGGCUUCUUGUUUAUGUAACAUUUAACUCAGCUUAUGUAUUGUAAAAUGUUUUUGCUUGUGCAGUAUUUGUAAUUAAUAAAUCUAUAUAUAAGUAAAUAUAUGUAAAACAGUAAAGUUUUUGUUUCGUCUUAAGCGUAACUUCAGUUUCGUUGUGCGUGUAAUUCGCUUUUCGCAUUUACAGAUGAAUCUAUUUGCGCACAUAAAGGGUCCCUGUCAACUAGUUUUGCCUCAAUGGUGUAAAAAGUUUUUGUAUAUUUCCUGAGAGUUUAUUUUAGUCAUGUGGGUGUUUUAUGUACAGGAAACUGGACCAUUAAAAUAUUUAAUGUAUAAAAUAUUGGUAUUGUUGUCAGCUCUUUUAUUGUUAAAAUAGUCACAUUUCCACAUGCUAGUGAACCUUUUUUGUUUGUUUACAUAUUCGAGAAUAAAACAACGUAUACACAGGA